AUAAUAUGUUAUAUAUUAUUGUGUUAACGCAAUUAUAAAUCUAUAAUGGCUCAAUAUGAUAAUAAUUUAAAAAAAAAACUUUAUCGCUGCCUUUUUUGUCGAGAAAACAUGUGCGAUGUUAACAAUGAAAUAACACAAAAUUUUACAAAAAAUAAUAUGAAUACCAUGCAAAAAGUUGAUCUACCUGUAUCAUAAUUUGCUCUUUAUAGCUUGGCGUUUAACACACCGUCCUGUAGUGUAAUAAGAUCUUCUACCUACGCCACUACUGUCGUAAUGUACCAAUAAAAACAAGAAAAAACUCAUUUUCGUAAAGUUCAGCAAUUAAUACGUAUAAAUAUAGAACACAAAUCUCACCGCGACAACAAUCCAUUGAUAAAUUUUCGCAACUAUAGCCACCCGCGGAGAUGACAAAAAGCCGUGUGUAUAUAGCAUCACCUCCAAACAAUAAUAGAAUCUACCCACACACCGCGCGUGCGGUUUACAAACAGAGCCAUCAGCCACUAUAUAUAGAUAUACACAAUAUACGUGGUACGUGCUAUUCCCCACGUAAAUCUCGCGGCGUCGCGCUCCAAAACAGCUGUUCGUACAGCCAUUUAAAUUUCAAAGCGUCGCUUACGAUUCAUAUAACAAGCCGCGUCUCUUGUCGUGCCGCACUAGUAGCACGCGAUCAGCCGGACGAGACGAACCCGUGUGUACAUACAGUAUCUCACUUUCUAUGCACAUUUUCACCGGUACGAUGUGCAUCACGACAACACUGCAUCGGCGUCUAUACUACAACAACAGAAGCACAGCAAACAGUGGCAGCAGCAGCAGUAGACUUUCUCGUCGCUCGCGAGAGUUCGCGGUCGCUCCGAUAUAGUGUGUGCCUAUUGUGUUCCAUAUAAUACGCACACGCACAUCUAUAUAGCUACUUUUACAAAUACGGACAAAAUCGCGUCAUGUAUUUGCGUCGCGUCUGUAGACUGGCAUCAGUCGGUCGAGUGUCUCGGCGCAGUCUGGACUCGUCCCGUGGAAUGAGGCACCGAGUUCUCGGCGACGAGGAGCCACAAGUCGACGAGUCGGAGUCGGUUUUAGCAUCAGCGACGACUCUGGACCCGGGACCACCCGUCAAUCUGGCAGGAUUGAUCAGGGAGAAGAUCGAGAGGAGGGAGAGCUUCUGCAGCUACGAGCUGUUUCCGACCAAGUGCCAUGGAGUUUAUCAGGGGUAUAUGUUAUAGGAGGAGAGGAAGACGUAGAGAUGCGUGUAGAUUUUUCAGAGACACGCAGAUAUGCGAGCCGCUGUUCUACGCGCUCACUUGGCACGAGGGCUGGGCAACCGGGGAAGAACGAUUUCCAUCCUUGAAAAGCGCCGAAGUCUUUCCCCGGAACACGUUGCUCCACUGCACCGCGAAAGGACUGAAAAAGACCGACGCCGAGAUGAUUUUAACGCGAGCUCUAGAGCUUGGCAUCGCUAACAUCUUUGCCCUUCAAGGAGAUUCGGGCUCGGAUGAUGGCGAUUUCGAUCACGCAUCCGAUUUAGUCAAGUUCAUUAGAGAACGGUAUGGUCAACAAUUCAGUAUCUGCGUUGCUGGGUAUCCUGAAAUGCAUCCACAUUCGCCCUCCAAGGAACUUGAUAUUUUCUACCUCAAAGCUAAGGUGGACGCAGGAGCGGAUUUUAUAUUAACUCAAUUCUUCUUCGAAUCUCAGCUGUUCAUAAAAUUCGUAAACGACUGUCGGGAAGUAGGAAUAAGCGUCCCUAUAAUUCCAGGAAUCUAUCCGUUCACUGAUGUCAAGUUACUCGGGAAAAUGAUUGAAAUUUGCCAUACCAACAUUCCCGACUGGAUACAGGAAGAGCUGCGUCAUAUCGAAGACGAUGACGAAGCGGUCCGUAAAUUCGGGAUAGAUUUAAGUGUUAAACUAAUUAAGGAGAUCAGAGAAAGUGCACAUUUUUGUGGAUAUCACGUUUAUACGUUGAACAGAUCUUUCUCGGCAAUCGAAGUUCAUCGCCAACUGAAUACACAGCAUGAAAUCGAUCAACUUGUUGCGAGCAAUAGCUAGUAAAUUUUUAUAUUUAUUUUUUAUAUAAAAAGCGAAUCGAAAAUUCUAAA